AUGAAUGUUAAGUUAAUUUUAUCCACGUUCCUCUUUGGAGGAUUAAUUAUAUUUAAUGUAAAUGCAUUACCAGCAUCACUAAUAGAACGAGAUGGUGAUACCAGCCUUGGAACAUGGCAAAUUGUUGGAGAAUCCGGGGUCAAUGCCAUGCAUGCCUUCUUGGUAUCUGCCAGAAAAGUCGUAUUUGUAGACAAACUUGAGGGAAAUGCUUUAAAGAGACCAGAUGGUAUUUCAGCAAUAUCUGCAGAAUAUGACCUUGACAAAAAUGAAGCUCGACCUCUUAGUAUUUAUACAAAUACCUUUUGCUCAGCGGGAGCAUGGUUAGGCAACGGAACUUUAGUUGAAGCAGGUGGAGAUAAUGGAGAUGCCAAUUUUCGCUCCGGUAGACAAACAGUUCGAGUUUAUGAUCAAUCCAUUGGAGAUUGGUAUGAAUUGGAAGGGAUAAUGCCAUCUAUGAGAUGGUAUCCAACCAUGUUAAGCUUACCCAGUGGUAACGUUUUGGUUGUUGGAGGUUCAAAAGCUGCUACAGGGAUCAAUAAGGAAGCUAUCAAUAAUCCAACUUAUACGUAUUAUCCACCAUCCGGAACUGUCAUGGAGGAUUAUCCAUUACAAUUUUUAGCCGAGACCUUGCCUAACAAUUUGUAUCCCAUGGUACAUGUAAUGCCAAACUUCGAAGGCAAACCCAUCAUUUUCCUUCAUGCCAACCAACGAAGCAUUAGUUUUGAUCUUGGUUCUGGAAAAGUCGUUUUUGAAUAUCCAAAAUUACCAGGCGCUUUUCGUAAUUACCCACUAACUGGUACUUCGGUCAUAUUACCCCUUUCCUCUAUCGAUAAUUACAACGCCAGGUUUAUGAUUUGUGGUGGUAAUAAAGCAUAUGAAAUCACUUCAGAAGGAGAAGCCUCUUGUGGUAUAUUAGAUUUAAUGGCAGAAAAUGCUGAAUGGGAAAUGAAUGAUUUCGGUGGUACUCCACGUGUUAUGCCAGAUGCUACCUUCUUAGUUGAUGGUACCAUCUUAUUUGUUAAUGGUGCUCGAACCGGUUUCGCUGGUUAUCGUAAAGGUGGAGGUGCCAACGCUUUAUGGGUCAAUGAAAAUCCCGUAUUAUUCCCGGUACUUUAUGACUCUUAUGCUAAAACGUUUAAACCACUUGCUUCGUCCAUCGUACCCAGAAUGUAUCAUUCCGUUUCUACUUUGGUGCCUGAUGGUACUGUCUUGGUCACCGGAAGUAACCCACAAGGAGGUGUAUCGCUUAAUGUUAAAUAUCCCACCGAAUAUCGGGUUGAAAUUUUCUCUCCUCCUUAUCUUUUCUCAAAUACUCCUAGACCUAACAUCAUUUCCCUACAAACCUUUGAAAUUAACAAAGAAAGGAUUAAGGUGUAUUAUCAGCAAAUUGUUACCUUGAUUGUUCAAGUUGCAGGCGGUGAACCAAGUUUCAAAGCUUCUCUUAUUCAUCAUGGAUUCAUCACACAUUCACAAAAUAUGGGUCAGCGUUUUGUUUGGCUCGAUGUUGUAAACGUUUGGAUGGAUACAACAGUCACUGAUCAAUAUAUAGUAACGGUUUUAUUACCACCAAAUUCAAAUAUAAUCGCACCAGGUCCUUCUUUCAUCUACCUAAUGAAUUAUGAUGCACCUGCCUAUUCAGGUGUUGAAGUUUUGCUUAACGAACAACCUGCAUAA